AUGCCCAGACAGACGCCAAGAUUCCCGGGCCAGAGCACAAGAGCGGGCAGCUCAUUAGAACCGUCAGCCCGUCAUGGACACGCUCCAGCUCAGUCCCGCCAGCCAGAGACGUCGACCUCUGGCAGAAGUCUGAGGUUCAAAGUCACACGGCCCGACUAUACUUCGGCAGGCUCAUCUCUGCGGUCCGACGAUGACGAUGCAGAGGGGAGUGAGGAAGGAUCUGUUCCACCUCGUCAGGCGCCAAAGCGUCCAGAGCAGACGAGGCGCAGCGAGCGCAACUCUCGCAUCAUCGAGACACCGUCUGAUGGCGAUACUCAUGAGGCCAAGGAUGGAUUGAAUGAGGAUGAAAGGAUCGCGAGGGAGCUGCAGGCACAAGAAGAUGCUGCUGCUUCCUCGCGCAGAGCUACGCGCGGCCGAGCGAUACCGCCUACCGCUCUCCAGCCUGCGUCAUCGCCUCCAGAACCUCAACAGCGUGCGAGUGCAAGGAAUGUCAACGGCAAGAUACCUCAUCAUGACUCGGAGCACGAUGAUCCGAUGGAUACCCAGGAAGACGCCCACGAUCUCAGUGUCUCCUCACGCGGUCGGCCGACCAAGAAGAUCAAGUACGAUGAAGACGAUGAAAAGCCACUGGGUCAUGAGGAAGACGACGAGGAGGAGGACGAGCAGCCUGUCAGGAGAUUGCGUAGACCUCAGGCUCACUCUCGUCAGCUUCCUCAAGACGAUGACUAUGGCUCGCCUCCACGGGUGCGGCCACGCGAACGGCUCAGAAGGAGUUCCUGGCUUGCCGAGGACGAGGAAGAGAUGGAUUCAGAGGACGAAUGGGGCUCUCAGCGCAAGAGCAGGAGACUCAAGCUCACUGCCCAGGCCAAAGAGGCGCGCAGGAGACAGGAAGAAGCAGAGGCACGCGAACUUCGUCGGACGAGGCGUCAGCCCGUUCGAUCCACCCGAUAUGACUCGUACCACCAACAAGACGAAGAUGAGCCAAUAGAGGACGAAGAGGAGGAAGAUGAGCCUACGAUAGAUUACGAUCGCCUGGACCGUCGGCCGGGCAACAAGGAUGAUUCGCUCUCGAAUUCUCGCUCUUCUUCGAGAGGCUACGGCCUGCGGAGACGCAAUGAAGUCAACUAUGCGCUACCUACGAUGGAACAGCUCGAAGCGGAAGCCUAUCGUGACUCAAAAGAAGAGCGUAAGGCUGCCAAGCGCAAAGCGAAAGAACGUGCCGUCAAUCAGCAGUUCAAUGCGACGCUCGAAGAUCUGCAGCGUGCUAUUGGCGCGGAGCCGAUGCAAGACAGCGAUUCCUCUGAUGACGGCGCGUCGCCUCGGAAGCAAGCUGCAGCGCGAGCUCAAGCUGCCGCAUCCGGCGGACUCUUCGCAGCAGGUGCAGGUACGAUAAAUGACUCCACUCUUGGCGCGCCCAAGAAUUUUGGCAAGGUCACAGCUAAUCUGGCCGAUAUUGAUCCGCUCUUGCCCGGCCAGCACAUCAAUUUCGACUCUGUCGGAGGCAUGGAAGGUCACAUCCAGCAGCUCAAGGAGAUGGUCUCGCUUCCUCUGCUCUAUCCAGAAGUCUUCCAGCGCUUUGCAAUCACGCCGCCUCGGGGUGUGCUCUUCCACGGUCCGCCGGGCACAGGCAAGACACUUUUGGCCCGCGCUCUCGCGAGCAGCUGCUCUACAGAAGGUCAAAGGAUUUCCUUUUUCAUGCGCAAGGGAGCAGACUGCUUGAGCAAGUGGGUUGGAGAAGCCGAACGUCAACUCAGGAUGCUGUUCGAAGAAGCGAAAAGGUGCCAGCCGAGCAUCAUCUUCUUCGACGAGAUCGAUGGUCUGGCGCCCGUAAGGAGCAGCAAGCAGGAACAAAUCCACGCUUCUAUCGUCUCUACGCUACUCGCCCUCAUGGACGGCAUGGACGGUCGAGGCCAAGUUAUCAUCAUCGGUGCAACUAACCGUCCAGAUUCUGUCGAUCCAGCCCUUCGUCGGCCCGGUCGGUUUGACAGGGAGUUUUACUUCCCUUUGCCGAACCUGGAAGCCAGGCGGAAGAUCAUCGAUAUUCAUACGCGCGAUUGGCAGCCUCCUCUCGCCACCAACAUCAAGGAUGAGCUUGCCCAAAUGACAAAAGGCUAUGGAGGCGCAGAUAUGAGAGCGCUAUGUACCGAAGCCGCUCUCAAUGCGGUUCAGCGCAAGUAUCCUCAAAUCUAUAAGACCCCGCAACGCUUGAUGAUCAAGCCCGAGACGAUCGAGAUCUCUGCCCGUGACUUUGUCAUUGCUGCAGAGAGACUCGUCCCAUCAACAGCAAGAUCCAAUGCCAGCCCUGCUGCAGCUCUGCCUCCUCAUCUUGCUUGUCUACUUGGUCCUGCUUUUGAAGCUGCAAAAUCAGCGCUUGCCGGCGUCUUGCCGGCUCGGAAGAAGCUCAACAUAUUGGAGGAAGCAGAAUACGAAGACCUAAACGACGCGGGCUUCGAGACGGAGAAAUUUAUGCAGUCUUUUGAAGCCUCGCUAGUACAUCGCCCGCGGCUACUUAUUUCUGGCGAAGAAGGCUUGGGUCAGGAGCACAUUGGUGCAGCGCUCAUGCAAUAUCUUGAAGGCUAUCAUGUGCAGUCACUCGGUCUUGAUACGCUUCUGGGCGAUUCGAGCAGCACGCCGGAGGCCACACUCGUUCAGAUCUUCUCCGAAGCAAAACGACACAAGCCUUCCAUCCUGUUCAUACCCGAUUUGGCCGCCUGGGCCGAUUCUAUCUCAGAAACGACGCGAGCAACGCUCAAGGGUCUCCUCAAAGCAGCGAGCGCUUCUGAUCCUAUAUUACUCCUCGGCAUCAGUGAAACGCCCGGCGAUCUCUUGCCUCCAGACGUCUCUCAGUGGUUCGGGCCUUCGGAUGAUAAUCGCAUGGAGCUUGGCGCGCCUCACGCUGAACUUCGGCGAGCGUUCUUCACCUCGCUUCUAGAGAAGCUAUCGCGGUCACCGAAGGAGUACAAUGAUGCUAUACCAAGGCGCAAACGGAUUCUUGAAGUCUUACCCGUCGCACCCCCGCCCGCACCUCGAGAACCGACGGCAGAAGAAGUACAAGCGCAGACCAAGAAGGAUGCUACGCUGCGGGAAAUCUUGAAAUUCCGCAUCGGUCCCAUUGCUGCAGAGCUCAAGAAGCGCUAUAAGCGGUUCUCGAAGCUGGUCGGGGAGGUUGUGGCAGAUGCUGCAUUGGGCUUGCAAGACCCCACAGCAGAGCUGACAGAUCUCACGCGUCCCAUGGUCAUUACCGUGCCACUCAACUCCGAUGAGCCGCCUGCCGUUCCGGCAGAGAUGGCUGUCACGAAUGGAAACGGCGUUUCUGAUGAUCAUGCUACACUCGGUGAGAUGCAACCGAACACAAUCGCGAAUCAUGCCAACGGCGAAGUCGCAAAUGACCUUGCACCCAUCGAGCCGGUCAAUGAGUCAAGCAUACGCAUGCAAACGCCUGAGCGAGUACCCGCGUCUGGCGAAGGCCAGGAGCAAAGGCAAAGUCAGGCACAGCUGGCACACCUCGCUCCGGAGACGCCUGCGCCUCCUACGACUCUGCUGUGGCACAAUGUGAACCUAGAGACGAUACAUUCUGAUGUCUAUCGAGAUCUAUAUCUGACGCCACAACGCUUUGUUGACGACAUAGCCAAAAUCUUCACCAAUGCUUUCCUUGAGAAAGAUCCGGAUCUCUAUACGCGCGCAGGUAUGAUGCUCAAUCACGCGAAAAUGAUGGUCGACUUUGCCUGCGACGAGCAGUUCAAGCUGGAUUGCUUGUCCAUGUCUGUUCGCGAAAACGAACGACGGUCGAAACGCAAAUCAAAGAACAAGUCAAUCGCGCAAGCUGUCGAGUCCAACGGCGAACAUGCUCAUCGUCCCAGCACGCGCUCAGCCGGCCAGACGCUUGAAGUCGUGUCCGAUAUUGGUGUCAUCGAACGAGAACUUAGCAGGAGACGUUCGCUGUCAAAAUCGCCUUUACCUCCCGCUCCCGUAGACGACCUCGCCGAGCCGUUGCCAAUUGUGCCCGGCGGGGCUGACAAGGCUGACAAGAUGGGUGUCGAUACUCUCGUCAAUGGCACGGAUGAUGCGAUGGACUUUCGCUACGACACUUCACUCAACACUGCACCCACCGAGCCUGUUCCGGACACCCGCUCGCCGUCGCCCGCCUAUCCAGACCUCAAUCUUGAUCGAACAGAUCUGGCGACAUUGAUUGAAGAGCUCACACGGUUGUCAGACUCAUUCAACAUCGAACAGCUCGAAGUCCUUCGCGUUCAAAUCGACAGCGCCAUCUGGCACGCUCGAGCAGAUUGGAACAAGAAGAGCGCGCUUGAGACUAUCUCAGCGAAAGCACGGAAGCUAUCGGCCAGCCUAUCCUCCUAG